AUGGCGGAAGAGAUUGAAAUAAACGUCAAAGGACCGGGCGAAAUCAAGCUUCAGAUAACGAUCGCGACAGAUAAAACGGUCCUCGAGCUGAAGCAGGCAGUCGCUGAGAAAUCGGAUGUAGAGGCGGAGCGGCAGAGACUCAUUUAUUCUGGUGACGAAGAUGUUCUUUCGACAUACAAAAUCAGCUCAGGGCAUACGAUUCACAUGGUGAAAGGAGCGGCGCGGGGGAAUACGUCUUCGUCAGCGGCGGCACCGCAGCCCCUUCCCACCAUGCAAACGGGACAAAACCCUCACGACCCGCUUACGCUGCUCAACAGUCACCUUGGAUAUGGUGCUAUGGCAGGCAUCAACCCCUUCGCUGAUAUGGGACUAAACCAGAACGAUCCCAAUAUGCUCCAAACGAUGAUGAACUCACCCGAAUUCCUGCAACAGAUGGCCGGGAUGAUGGCAAAUCCCGCCGUUCUUGAUCAAAUCAUUGCCUCUAAUCCACAGUUGCAAGCUAUGGCUCCCCAGGCCAGAGAGAUGUUUCAGAGCGAAGGAUUCCGGCAGAUGAUUUCUGACCCACAACGGCUUCAACAAAUGAUGCAGAUGGCGUCAAUGCUUCAGGGCGGUGGAUCUGGCGGACUGGGCGGAUUUGGAAUGGGUGGAAGUAGUUUCCCUGCUCCUGGUGUACCAGGUGGUGGCACACCAGCUGCUGGGGCGGCGACGGCAGGGGCUGGGACAGGUGCUGCAGCAGCCGGAACAGGAGCGACGCCGCUACCGACAAAUUUGUUCAAUCCUUACGGCGUACCCCCCGCACCGGCUCAGAAUGCACGUCCUCCGUUUGCGCUUGAUCCUGCGUUGGCACGGCAGCUUUUGUUGGGAGGCGGACUACCUGCUGGACUUGGUGGUGGACUAGGUGCAUUUGGUGCUGCACCCACAGCACCGACAGACACGAGGUCGCCCGAAGAACGGUUCCAGCUUCAACUGCAGCAACUGCAAGAUAUGGGUUUUACAAAUGCAUCACAGAAUGUUCGAGCCUUGUUGGCGACAGGCGGUAACGUGCACUCAGCAAUUGAAUAUAUUCUUGGUGGUGGUGGGCUAUAA